UCAACGGAUGCGCACGAGGGAGAGGCGCCGCCACCGGUGCCCGUGCACGCUGGCGAGCUGUCGCAUCAGCCAACGCUCCCUGCGUGGCUGCAGCCGCAUCUCGGCGGCCUGGGCCUCGAGCACCACCACCUCCUCUACCACCACCACCACGACCAGCAGUCGCCCCGAGAUGCCCUUGAUUCGAGUAUAGGGCGCGUGCGAGGGACCCCACACGCGGCUGCUGCAAUGAACCGCCACCCGGAUGGCAGUGACGACUGGCAGGGGUGGUCUCAGGCGUGCAUGUGGCAGUGGGAAGCCGACUCUCCGGCUCAGGCACCGCAGCUGGUGCCGCAGCGGAGACCUUUGGCUGCGCAUUGCCGAGAGCCGAUGUCGCAAGCAUGGAAGAGGCGGGCGGGACGUCCUCAGCGGGCGAGGAGGACAUAGCGGCAACACCCCCGACAGGAGGUGCCCUCGGGUGGACGGGAUCUAUCGACAGAUCCGCUUCUGUUGCUGGGGCCGCGUCUGCCGAAUGACGCAGGACUCCCGUAGGCUGCAUGGGUAUCCGUAACACGCUUGAACGUCACAUCACGUGACUGAGAUGCUGAGUCGAAGCAGAUGCCUGGUCGUCGAGGACGCAAGAUCUUCAAGUAGGACAGAAAUCUAUCAGACAGCUGCUUUCCACGCACGAAUCGCAGCUCUUUGCUUCUUGAGGGGCAACUGCGAGUUUAGCUGGAGGCGUGGAUCGGAGGAAGAG